AUGGGGCAGGAGAGCUUCACUAGCCUCGACGACCUCGCCACGCCUCGCCAUCGCUGGACUCGGCGCCAUGAGGACUCACUGAGUUAUGUCAGUCGGUCGUCCUUCAGUAUAAGUUAUAAUGUCGCACUCGGCCUGCUGGGGACCUCCAACGUGAAUGUGGAGGACAAUGUCAUCUACUUUGCACUUGAUUCUGCCGUGAAGGACGAGGAAGGCUCCAACUUCUACAGGAGGAACCUCAUCACAACCGUUCUCUUCCUUGGGACUUUCGGCGAUCGGUUCGAGACGCAGAACCUUAACUGGUACGGUGCGUUCCAGCUGGACAACGCCCCGAACACCGUACUGGAAGGGAACGCCGUGGCUGGUGCGGAACAGGCGGGUUACAAGACAUACGGCGAGAUAUGUGAUGACGCGGCGCAGUGGAGCAACAAUGAAGUCCACGGCACCAUCUACGGCGUCAUGUCAUGGAAGAAGAGCGGCCAGGGAGAUGAGUGCCGCAGGAUUCACGACUUCACCGCCUGGAGGAUCAUCGACACGGCCUUCUACAUCCAGCACUACGCCUCAUCCAUCAUCGAGAAUGUCGUUGCCGCUGACAGUCCGCUCGGCGUGAAUCAGCUCAUCAGGGGACCUCCGGCGCUCUCCCACACCUUCUCCGAGAAGUACGCAUUCGUCAAGUCAUCCCUGUUCAUCGGCGCUUCCCCCUCACACACCUGCACCUUCCAGAAGUCCACCACCGAGAUCAUGACAUUCUAUUCCGGGAAACUUUGGACUAGUGGACUGUCUGGAGGAGUCACCGGCGUACUGUUCGGAACCUUCAUGUCUGGGGCGAAUAUGGCACCCAAGAAGAAAUUCAGCCCCACAACCUCCUACCCCGCUCUCCACGGCCGCACGGAGAUCAGUGACAACACAUUCAUCAAUUUCAACACGCGAUCAUGCGGCAGAAACGUCGCCCUCAUGGCCAACCCCGAAUCAGACGACGCCAUCCACCCCAUCUUCACGAGCGGCCUGACCUUCGUUGAGACAGUGUCGGAUAACUACGUCUUCAUCAGGAGGGCUAAUGUUGACCUCGUGGACCCCUCGGACUGCGUUGAUAUGGACUGUGAUGGACAUAAGAAGGUGGUGCUUAAGGAUGCCGAUGGGUCUCUGCUAAGCACGGCAGGCGCCACGCUCAUCUCCGAGGCCGAGUUCGAGUGGGAUGGCGAUGAGAGGCGAGGCGUUGGCGACUACCGCAUCCCCGUGCCCCUCCGACAGAACGAUGACGGCACUGCGAUCCCCGCCGAGGACAAGUUCCCCAACAAAGGUAUCGUGCGUGAUGACAGCUGCACCCUGGCUCCGGCGUGGCAGGCGUGGGUGUGCAAGACGCUGGAGUACUUCAUGAUGAUUAUCGAGAGCAUGGACAGUGAUACAGAGGUGCGGCGUCUGUCCCCCAUCGCCCUCAUCGCCAACCCUGGUACGAAUGGCUUUGUGGACUUGCUCAAUGGACCCAUGGAUAGAGGCUGGUGUUUUGGUUAUACUUGCCAGGAGCGUAUCUCAACUUUCUACGCAGUGGUGGCGGGUGACCAGGUGUACGAGAUGGCCAUGACCAGCACGCCGCCACAGGUGCUGCGUCUCCACACCCUCACGGAAGAAGAGGUGGUGGUCCUCCGCAUCUUCUUCCCCAAGCUCCAGCGUUACGACAUCUACGUGGGCGACACCUUCAUCCCCCCCACCAACAUCGACACGUCCGUCACCAAGUACCAGCUGCUGCCUGAAGACCCGCUGGCCCCUGAGGCUUUCUUCCCGACGAUCUCCGAUGCCGUCGGAUCGAACUACCUCCAGCGGUCCGCCAAGCUCCUUCAUGUGGUGGUCGGCAAGUCGCAGAUCGUCACCAUCAAGACCACGCCCAUGAUCACCCUGCAGAGCGGUCUCGUGGUCACCGAGAGCGACUUUUACGAAGAGAACCUCCUGCAGAACCUUGUGGACCUCUUCGGCAUUUCCCCCGACAACAUCAGAAUCACCAACAUCGUCCCUGAGAAUUCAAGGCGUGGGUGGACCAGGCAGGGCACCGUGACCAUGGAUGUUUCGGCUAAAGAGAUCGCCAGCGCAACAACCUCACCGGACGGAGCUGAGUCUGCAUUGGACGCGCCGGUGCUUACGUUCGAGGCUCUGGAGUCCGCGUACGAGACAGCCGUCAACAAAUUCCAGGAGGGAUCGUGCGAGACUUGUGCCUCUCUCAAGACUAUCAGCCCGCAGAAUCCUCCCCCAGCUGAGGCUCCCCCGAAGGCCACAGAGGAGACAGGUUCCGUCGUCAUCGAGAACGGGACUCUCUUCUCUGAGCUGCAGCAGAAGGAGGAGGCGGCCGCCCUCAACAAGAGCCUGGAAACCGUCGAGUUCUCCCAGCCGUCUGCGUCUGAGAUCCUGACUGGUGUGCCGUCGUAUGUGGUGGUGGACACGAGCUUCUCAACACUGCCCUCGAUCACCGUGCGGGAUGAAGAGGGAAACAUCGUCAACAACCUGGGCAUUGAGAACGACCCCUGGAGGUUCACCGCCACGCUCACGGGCGGCGCUCAGGGAGUGACGCUCGGGGGCACCACCUCCGUUCCCUACGUGGACGGCGCCGCGACCUUCACCGACCUUUCCGUCAGUGCCCCCGGGGAGGACUUCAGCCUGUCCUUCGCCAUCACGUACCCUGCGGACGCCCCGGCCCUCCCCGUCGCCCUCGGCCAGACCUUCAAUGCAAGAGCCGAGAUCCCCAUGGCGGUCAACAUCGACAUUUCCGAGGACAUGCUUAACGUGGGGCAGCCCUUCACCGUCUCCAUACAGCUGGUGGAUGAGGACUCUGGGGAACUGUUGGACGGGACACUUUUAGAGGACCAGGUCAUCGUUGGGGAGCUGCUGAGGAGGAACCAGGCAAUACCCAACCUUGUCAAGAGAUUCUACGAGAUGUCUCCAAGCAGUUCGGAGAUUCCCCUCGAGAUCACCCUGGACGAGGAAGCCGUGCGAUACCAACUCAUUACCCGCGUGUCCAUCGUGCCUGGCGAAUGGUAUCUGGAAGGGAAGACUAAACGCAUGGUCGUUUAUCCCGAGGAAGUGAGUCAGCGGGAUGAUUCAGUAACCAAGACCGUCGGAGUGGAAUUGUACAGAGGCAAGCUCCUGCCAGACUUGAACGAGGAGCUGGAGGAUGCAGUGCUGGCGUAUCUGAUCGAGAACUUCAACAUGGAAAGAAGUAACAUCGUCUGGGGGCCCGUGACGGUUGGCAACAAGGAAAGGAAGAUGGUGCCUGCAGAAUUUGAGAUCUCAGGCCCAUCGGAACAAGUCACAGACACCAUCAAUGACCUCUGUAGGGAGUUGAAGAAGAAAGUGUUGGUGCAGGUUGAAAGCGACUGCCAGAGAGGAUCGUACAGGAUGUUGCAUGUGUAUGUCGAUGGCGAGAAACAGAAAUGCAGGAGGAGGACGUUGAUGCCAGAGUCAUCGGUGGGGAAAAACUCUGUGGUCGUCAUCAAUGGUACUCGCAGCAUGUCAAUGGAUGAGUCGACACUGGUGGAAGGCAUUGAGGUCAUAAAUGUCACUCGCGCGGAGACGACAAUUGGAAGGCACAAGUUUAACCGAGGAUAAACUGGACGAAUUUGAUCACUGAGGGAACUGGACAAGACUAACCAAGGAUAAUCUAAAGCAGUAUGAACAGGAAAGGAAGGAAAAAAAAAAAAAAAACUCCACUCGCAGUGUGACAACAUUUGGAAGGAUCAAGUUCAACCAAGGACAAAUUCAAUGAAUUUGAUCACUGAGGGAAUGGCACAAUUCUAACCAAGGACAAUCUAAAGCAGUAUGAUCAGGAAGCGAAGAAUAAUGGAAAACUCCGGCAUCUUAAACUCCUUUCUAACUGUGACACCAUUUGGAAGGAUCAAGUUCAACCGAGGACAAACUUAACCAAUUUGAUCACUGAGGGGAUGGCACAAGUUUACACCAGGAUAAUCUGAUGUAUUUAAUUAUGAAGAAAACGGGUAAGUCCAAGAAUGAACCAGCAUUCGUACACUAACCAAAGUAGAUGAUAGUGCAUUGUUGUGAGGUAGUUAGACAUGGUGCUGGUUAUAGCGAUCCUCAGAAUAGAAAACGCAUGCUACCAUAAACCAACAUAUUGGUAUUUUCUAAUCAGAGGAACUUCUUUAGAGCAUUUUGAUGAAGUUUCUCUUAACAAGCAUGAUUUUGAUAUGUGUAGUCGUAACCCUGUAUUCCAAGUUCUUUUCAAUAGCCAUCUUGAGCUGAGUUUUGAAUGAAGGACAAAUUUGUAUCUUGGGGUAAUGGAAUCAUCAUUUUGACCCCUUCGUCUUUCACAGCCUGCACCUCUUGUGAUUGGUAGUUAAGUAGAAGAAGUAAACAGUUUUGAACAAUCCUUUCCAGUCUUCCAAUAGCCAUCUUGAUCUGGGUUUUGAAUGAAGGACAAAUUUGUAUCUUCAAGUCCAGAAUCAUCAUUUUGACCCUUUCGUCUUUAACAACUUGAUCCUCAGUAGUCAGGAAGCUAUAAUGUGUUUUUGGCGAGUGAAGCAAAAGAAGUAAACUAAUCACUUAACAUCACUUAAUAUAUUCGUAAGUCUAGUUCAUAAGUUCUGAGAUGCUUGACCACUUAACUGUAUAUCAACUUGUGUACUCUUAAAACUGUGAAAAAUAUAACAUUAGAGGCAUUUGA